AAUCUUUUCAGUGAAGCGUUGAGAUUAACUUUUUAGAAGAAUAAAACAUGGCUGUAACGUCAAAUAUUGCUAAGAAAAUUUUUGCAUCUGCAAUGGAGACCAUAGCGUCAGACAAGCUAGUUAGAAAUUCCCUUCACCGCAGAGGAGAUAUUUUGGUGGUUAAUGACAAAGAAUAUCGUUUGAAGAAGAACGUGUAUGUGGUGGGAUAUGGAAAGGCUGUGUUAGGUAUGAUGCGUGGCGUUCAGGAUGUGUUAAAAGAUCAUAUUGUUUGCGGUGUCAUCAGUGUACCAUAUGGGACAAAAGAAACAUUCAAAACACAAUAUCAGACGAUAAAUAAAAACAUCGCUGUGAUGGAGGGCGCCAGAAAUAACCUUCCCGAUAAUGACGCUGUAAAAAAUGCUGAUUGUAUUAAAACAUUAGCACAGUCUCUUUCAGUGGAAGAUAUUUUAGUUGUGUUGACAUCGGGUGGUGGUUCCGCUCUGCUCCCUGCACCGCCGCCGACCUUAGGCUUGUCAAAUAAACUCGAGGCAAUAAAAAUAGUUGGUUGUGCUGGCGCUAGCAUACAACAACUGAACACUGUCAGAAAACACCUUUCAGAGCUCAAAGGGGGGAAACUAGCAAAGUUGUCUCCAUCAAAAAACAUGAUUUCUUUGAUCAUUUCCGACAUCGUGAACAAUCCAAUUGAUCUAAUUGCUUCAGGUCCAACCGUGUUCGACUCAUCUACAGCACAAGAAUGUUUUGAAAUAUUUAAAAGUUUAAACAUUAGAGAGAAAAUUCCACCAAUCGUUGUUGAUUAUUUAAAACAAAGCGUAAAUAACACGGCUGGAGAGUCCAAAAGGGGAUAUUUCACCGAACAAUGCAACAAUGUUAUUAUUGGUUCAAACAAGAUAUUGGUGGAAUCAGCAGCAACAAAAGCGGAGGAAUUAGGCUAUAAGCCAUACGUUCUUACCACCGAACUUGAAGGCGAUGCAACAGAAACUGGCUACAUGUUCGCAGAGAUUGUUUCUUCGCUAUUAUUACGUGACCCGAAAAGCAAGAUUGCAGAAAUAUUAGCGCGUGCCAAUAAUGCAUUUAAUCCUGAUGUGUUUUUAGAUGACUGCGACCGUGGUUUAAAUGUAUGUCUUAUAACAGCUGGUGAAACUACCGUACAGGUUAAAGGAAGUGGUCGUGGGGGAAGAAAUCAACAACUUAUUCUAUCUGCGUUACUGCGUAUGCGGGAUCUUGCGAUCACACAUAAGAAUUUGUCCUUUCAACACAUGUGUUUGUUUAGCGCAGGUACGGAUGGCCAAGAUGGUCCCACGGAUGCUGCUGGUGCAUUUUGUGAUGGAAACCUAGUUGAAUACUCUACUAAGUUUGGCGUAGACGUGAAGUCAUAUUUGGAUAACAAUGCAUCAUAUGAUUUUUUUUCUGAUUGUUGUUCAGGAGAAUAUAUAUUUAAAACAGGUUUGACAGGCACGAAUGUCAUGGACAUACAGUUGCUUGUGCUUGACUUAUCAAGACAUAAGUGACGUCAUUAUUAUAUUAUUAUUUUUUAAUUUUGUCUUAGUAAUUGAUUAUGUGAUUUUUUUGUUAAUGACAAGUGAACUCGUUUCCGCUUUA